AUGCAUUUAAUAAUUUUGUUGAUAGGUCCGUGGAGUGAUCGGUACAGUCGAAAGUAUCCCAUACUGAUAGCGAGUGCGGGUGUAUUCUUGGACAGUUUCUUGCAGACGGUGAUAACAUCGGUACCGAAUGCCCCUCCCUCCUGGUACCUGGCAAGUGCAUCCCUCUCCGGAUGUUGCGGAGGAUUCAUCAUCAUCAUCUCAUCCACUUACAGCUACCUCUCAGAUGUCACAGACGAAAGAUCCCGUCAAACCCGUUACGCAGUCCUGGAAUUCUUUACGAUCAUGGCCACCCCGACUGGUUCUUUCGUGGGUGGUCAAGUGUUCCGGGCGGGUGGUUACCUUCCCGUCAUGUGCAUCGGUCCCUUCAGUUUUGCACUGGCCUUCCUCUGGAUGAAGUUCUAUGUUCUGGAGACUAAAGUGAGGGACAUGAGUAAAGGGAUGAUGUUCAGGGAUCUCUUCAGAUUGGACAAUGUGAAGGAGAGUUUCAAGACGUGUGCCAAACCGAGGACAGGAAACCUCAGGCUGCAAAUCUUCUCCCUUCUCUUCAUCAGUUUCUCUAUACGUCUCAUACAUCUAGGUAUACCUUCUACCCUUCUUUCCCCCCUAUAUACGGCCACAUUAUUGGACUAUGUAGAAUCAG